AUGGCUCCUUCCGAAGCGUUUUCCACCGCCGCCAACGUCUUUUCGGUAGUUGGAUUGGCUGAUAUUGUCUUCAAGUACGGUCGCGAGGUGUACGAGACGCUCUCGAAAGUUCGCAAUGCGCCGGAAGAGAUCAAACAGCUCCUUGGUGAGGUUAAAGAUGUCGAAGGCCACGCUUCUCGAGUCAAGGCUUUUUUGACCGACCUCGCUCAAUCGGCCUUGCAGCAGCAAAGAAGAGACUUGGCAUCCCGAAUUGAGACGCUGCUUCUCCACUUUCAGGAGGAGUUGGUCAUUAUAAGCAAGUCAGUUACGGAGUCAACACUAUCCUCCAGUGAUGGGUGGUUGAAGAAACUCAGGAAGAACGCGAAGUGGGUGUGGGAUGAACAGGACAUCACCUUGGCGCGGCGUCGACUGGAGCGAUGGAAGAGAGAGUUGGAUUCAACUCUGAUAUUGGCCGGGAGGAAAAUGGAUGUUUCGAUCCACGCGGAGAUCGCAAGCGCCCGCGUCGACAUUACCCAAGGAUCCUCCGACUCGACGGCAGCGCUUUCGCAUAUCCGCAACACGGCAUCAUCUAUCGAGAAUAAGGUUGAUGGUCUGUCCACGACUGUUGGCACUUUUCUCCAGGACAACAAUGCACAAGUUAGCGGCUUGAGGGGUAUUGUGCUUGAUACGCAAGAAGCAACAAACUCUGCGAGGAUGCAAGUCUUACAGAAGCUCGACUCAGUUACAGGUGGCUCAAAAGCUCAACACUCAGCGUUGCAGAACGACGUUCGUGGCGGAGUCAAUUCAGUCCGAAAAGAUAUCCACAUCAUGUCUCAGAGUAUGAGGCAAUCGAGGAGGCAACAAACUCGCAAGCAACGCUCAGCAACCAAAAAGAUCAUGAACAAGCUUGAAGAGGUCAAUGCAAACAUGGUGGACAACUUUGCGACCUUGAAUCUGACCCGCACGGGAGACGGCGCAUUCACAUUUGAAGGUAGUAACCUCGAGGCGAUGACCCUACCACUCGAGCUACUAUACUCGGAGCUUGUCAGAACUCUUCCGGCGCUUCAGUCCAAGACAAAACUCAACGUAUCGCAGUCUGAAGCUGGUUGGAUUCAGCAGCAGUUUGAGAUGGUUCGCGCAGCAAGUUUUGAAAUCUCCGCAACUUCGUUGGCCAAAGAUCCUCAACUCCAGCAAGCCGCCGGUCGAUAA